CUGCGGAGGAGGAGGAGGAGGAGGCAGAGGCAGCCGAGGCCAGGGCCAGCUCCUUCCCUGCUCCAUCCCAGGCAGCAGCAGGGGCUUUGCAGAGCCCAGAGAGCUGGCAGAGAGCGGGGGCCAAGGGGAAGGAAGGGGAGCCCACCCCCAGAAGCCCUGACCCCCUCCCUCCCUGGGCGGCCUCGCCCUUUCCGUCCCUCGGGGAGCCCUCGCCUCGCCUCGCCUCGCCUGCUGGAGCCAUGUCGACGGGGGCAGACUUUGGGAACCCGCUCCGGAAAUUCAAGCUGGUCUUCCUCGGGGAGCAAAGCGUUGGGAAAACAUCUCUGAUCACAAGGUUCAUGUACGACAGUUUUGACAACACAUAUCAGGCUACAAUUGGAAUUGACUUCUUAUCCAAAACCAUGUACUUGGAAGAUCGGACAGUGCGGUUGCAGCUCUGGGACACAGCAGGCCAGGAGAGAUUCCGAAGCUUGAUCCCCAGUUACAUUCGGGACUCCACAGUAGCUGUGGUGGUCUAUGACAUCACAAAUCUGAACUCCUUCCAGCAAACAUCCAAAUGGAUUGAUGAUGUCAGAACAGAAAGAGGAAGCGAUGUCAUCAUUAUGUUAGUGGGCAAUAAAACAGACCUUGCAGAUAAGAGGCAAAUAACCAUUGAAGAAGGGGAACAGAGAGCUAAAGAGCUGAAUGUCAUGUUUAUUGAAACCAGUGCAAAAACAGGAUACAAUGUGAAACAGCUCUUCCGACGUGUUGCCUCAGCUCUGCCGGGAAUGGAGAGUGUUCAGGAGAAGAGUAAAGAAGGAAUGAUUGACAUUAAACUGGACAAACCACAGGAACCACCAGCCAGUGAAGGAGGCUGUUCUUGUUAAUGCAAAGCGCAGGAUUCGUCAGCUCCAUUUGACACCACACGCUUGUUGUGUUGCUUCCUAUUGGUUAGCUUUCUAAUACAAAUUGAGUUAUUGGAUGGGGAGGAUUUCUUUUCUCUCUAGGGGAGGGAGGGGGUGGGUGCCAAGGAUCAAAUACAUGAUUCAAGAGCCGAUACUGUUUUCUUUUUUGGUUCAGUUGUAAUAUAUUGUACUUUAUAAAAAUGCCAAAACAAUUCAGAAUUUUAAACAAGACACUUUAAUUGUGUGUGUAUACAACUUUCAGCCAUGGGGAUGUAUAUCCUUUUUUGGGUACUUUUUUUUUAAUUGUAUAUUUGUAAACUUAACAGAGAAAACCCCAAGAUUAUACAGGCUGUAUGGUUUCAGUGUUUGGCAUAAAUUGUAGACAUAUCUUCUAGUGAAGUAGUCCCUGAUUAGUUCCACCUAAUACUAUCCUAUUCACUGUCCAGCUGCAGGCUAAUAAAGCAUGCUGCAUCUACCAGUGUGCCAUAUAAGAUUUCUGACUAUACAGCCAUAUAUAGAUGGAAGAGAGAGUUGCAACAACUAGAGAAUUUUUGUUCAUAAUAUUGAGUGUACCUCCAAAGUUCUCAAACCGUUUCAUGUAAGGUGGCCACACUGCAUGCACAGCUUAGUAUCAUGUUUCAUACCAUAAAAGAUUUUAAAGCACUGCUAUGGCGGCUAGGCCUUCACUUGUUUCAAACAGGGUAUAUCCAUACUGUAAAGUUGUAUGGUGAUGAGGUGGCUUAGUAGUUAAGAUGCCAAUUCUGAUGAUUGGAAGGUUAGCAGUUCAAAGUCCAAGUGCCGCAUGAUAGGGUGAGCUCCUGCCACAACCCUGCAGCUUGAAAGCAUGCAAAUAAAUAGGUACCAUUUUGGUGGGAAGGUAACAGCAUUCGGUGCAGUCAUGCUGGCCACAUGACCACCAGAGUCAUCUUUGGACAAUGCUGGCUCAUUGGCUUAGUAAUGGAGAUGAGCAUCACCCCCUAUAGUCAGUUACAACUAGAUAUUCAUGUCAAGGGAAAACCUUUACAUUUAAAGUUAUAUUGAUACUACAUUAACUGCUAUGGCUUCAUCUUGCAGAAUUCUAGAAUUUGUAGUUUGGUGAGGUACUCUAAUUUCCUUGCUAAAGAGUGUUAGUGGACUCCUCUACUACAGUACUAGACCUGUCCAGGAGAGAAUUCCAAGUUCCCCAUCAAACUAUUAUAUGCUAAGAUUAUAUAGCAUGGAGGGAAUUAAAAUGGUAUAAAGUUCUAUAACUGUGUAACGUGAAUACACUGUCAACUUUUGAGAAGUCACAUGUUUGUAAAAGCCACCAUACACAUAUACUGCAGUGUAUAUGUAAAAUUAAUGGGAUUUCCGUCAUUUAACAUCUAUGAUUGGCCCAGGAAAAUUCUAGAAUACUGGUUCCUUGUAGGCUUCUUCACAGUCAAGUUAUAGCUGCCACGUUGUACCUAAAAACUGAAUCGUGGCAAACACUUCUAUCUUGCAACAAAACAAGUUUGGCCAAAAAUUCAAUGGCUCUCUCACUCCAGGCUUAUUGUUAGAAAUAGGUUUCUUCAGCAGCAACUCAAAAUGGCAGCCAAGAGUCAAACCGAGCUGUCAAUUACUGUAACUUCAAAAAUGUACCCAGUGGGAUAAUCUCACUUUUAGCCAACUGUACUGUUCAUGGUGGUUGAUCAUUAUUAUGAGUGAUAGUAACUUCUGCAUGAGUGAACAAAGCAAAGGAGAGGAAUGAGGCCUGUCUCCUUAGAAAAGAAGAUUGCCUUGGCAACAAAGAAGCUAUAGAUAAUGUAUUGAAUUUUUGUAUACAUGUGUAUGCAUGUUUUAUAAUGACAUAAAACAUACACUAACUCA